AUGCCAGACAGCAAAAAGACCAUCGCGCUUGUCAAUGCUACUGGUCGUCAGGCAGCAUCCGUCAUUAGGACGGUGACGGCAGUGGGUUGGUCAGUACGUGCCCAAGUCUACUCGUCCGAGGGCUUGGUGGCAGAAGAAUUGGCCGACUUGCCCAAUGUCACUUUAUUCGAGGGGAGUCUCCUAGACAACCCGGUAUUGAUAGACACCAUCUUUGAUGGCGUCCAGGUGGCCUUCAUCAACACCAACCCACUAGCUGGCGAUGAGAUCAAGAUUGGCAAGGCUCUGGCCAACGCGGCCAAAAAACGAAAUGUCCAACAUUUUAUCUACAGCAGUAUGCCGGACCAUUCCAUCCACAAUCCCAACUGGCCAACAUUACCUUUGUGGGCCUGUAAAUUCGCCGUUGAGAACUACAUUCGACAACUCGGUCUUCCAGCGACCUUUGUUUAUGCCGGCAUCUACAACAACAAUUUCACCAGCCUUCCCUACCCUUUGUUCUGCCUCGAUUUCCAGGAUGAUGGCAGCAUCGAGUGGCGCGCACCGUUUCAUCCAGACACCAAGCUGCCGUGGUUGGACGCCGAGCACGACGUUGGUCCCGCCGUUCUCCAGAUUCUUUUAGAUGGACCAAAACGAUGGAACGGGCAUCGAAUCGCGCUCGCCUUUGAAAACUUAACCCCGAUCCAGGUGUGCAAGGCAGCUGAACGUGCUAUCGGCCGGCCUUGCCACUAUGUAUUCGACCCCAAAAUCGAAAUCAAGGUCCCAGUGCCAUCGGGAUAUAGACAACAGCUCGCUACACUCGAAGUACUGUUUGGCAAAUACAAUGCACCGUACUUUCCUGGACCAGAGUUCACCUUCAACGCCAGACGCAAAGGAAGCAACGACACCAUUGGACCGAAAAACAGUGCGAGCAGCCACGAAUCACAGAGCAGAACCCCUAAUGGUCGAUCCAAUUCGUUGGGCGGAGCUAAACUCGGCAAGCUGACAGACGAGGCUCGCUCAUUAUGGGAAGGGUAUAGAGGUCUGGAAGAGUAUUUCCGUGAAGUUUUCCCGGUUGAAGAAGAGGCCAACGGCAAGACUUGGAUGGCUGAUAAGGUCCAAAGCACGUGA